AUGUCAGUUGUCGGCUCGCUAAUAUUCUGUACCUUCUGUGGUAAUCUUUUGGACGCUACCAGCAGCACCAACGAAAUAAAAUGCGGUUUGUGUUCUGCUGGAUAUCCUAAAUCUAAAUUUGCCAACUUGAAAGUUGUAACGACUUCGUCAGAGGACGCCUUUCCUUCCGUUUUAAAGAUGAACAGAUCCGUAGUGAAGACUUCUUUGAAGAAGGAUGAAUUGGACGACGGUGCCACCAUCAAGGAAAAAUGUCCUAAGUGUGGAAACGAAGAAAUGCAAUAUCAUACAUUACAGUUGAGAUCUGCUGAUGAAGGUGCUACUGUCUUUUACACAUGUACCUCAUGUGGGUACCGUUUCAGAACCAACAACUGA